GUUUUUUUAAUAGCCAAAAAAUCGUCAUGAUCCAUUAACUGUUUCAUCCACAACACCGGUGCACUAUCCGAUAAAACAGGAGUAAAAGCGCUGGCUUUGGUCGCCGGAAGCGAAGGUCAACUCGGAAGGCCAUCAAAGUAACCAGUUGGACACAAAAAGUAAACAAUCAAAAUGGCUGUCGGCAGAGUGGCUGGUACGGGAAAUAUUGGGUAUUCUUCGAACUAUCGCACCGGAGGACGGUCCUACCAUGGUGGAAUAAACGAAGAAAUUAUAUGGAUUAGUAUUGGGAUGGCUGUUACCAUCGCAAUACUAAUCACCUUAGCAUUGAUUUAUCUUGCUUAUGAAAAAUGCCAAAAACGCCGCCAACGUUACAUUCAAGCGUGA